AUGUUUAAGAGUCAAAGGCAGUGGUCCGAUCUUCCUUCUGAACUCGUCUCAGACAUAGCAGACCGUCUAGGCAUCAUCGAGCUCCUGAGUUUCCGUACUAUCUGCAAGGCUUGGAACUCUGCCUCUUCCACAGCUUCAGCCAAAAUUGAAUCUACACGAGACUUUGAACCUUGGUUUCUUCUAUAUGGGAUGAAUGGGGAUGAUGAUCAUAAAGAUCCUGAUUAUCAAUGCCAGUUAUUGGUAGCUAAGAGUGGUCAAAAGUACACUGUGGAUCUUCCAGAAUUGGAUGGAACAACUUGCCUUGCCUCAAACCAAGGAUGGCUCCUUCUCUUCCAACAAGGAGGUUCAAUGUUCUUCUUUCACCCCUUCUCUUGCAUGAAAAUAGACCUUCCGAAAUUCCCAGUCUCGGAACUCUCUGACCAUGUUGCAGCAUUUUCAUCUCCUCCAACUUCCCAAGAUUGCACAGUUUGUGUAGUCAGCCGUAGGAGUGGUGAUGAAUUGGAGCUGAAUGUACUUCACCGCGGAGCUAGUGAAUGGAUCCAACACAAUAGGGAUGAGCUGAUCACGUUAUGUACUAAAGACCUAAGCUGGAGGCGUCAUAUUGUCGUUUCAUGUAAAUCGAAAGAGUUGAAGUCACCGGAUCAGUUUUUUUGUCGCAGGGAUUAUUUCCAGAGCAAGGACAUAAGGAAGAAGUUGGGGUUGGCAGCGGAUGCUUCAAUUUCUAUUUGUGGGACACAAAUGCAGCCUGGUGGCGUUGGCACGUUUGUUUUCAAUGAGACAAUUACUGGUAAUCGGGUUCAAGACUCCAAGAGCCGUAAAUUCAAAGGGGUAUGGAUCCACCCAAGACUCUAUCUAACCUCCCCAAAACAUGAGAGUUGGUAA